UAGGUCCACUCACAAAAAAACGUGACGAAGCCACCGGAAACAGUCCCUCCGGAGACGAAGAUAUCCGGGACAGCGGGAAGAAGCCGGUAAUGCUGUUCCUGCACGGCGGCUCCUACAUGGAGGGGACAGGGAACAUGUUCGACGCCAGCGUCCUGGCCGCCUACGGCAACGUCAUCGUCGUCACCAUGAACUACCGCCUGGGGGUGCUGGGAUUCCUGAGCACCGGGGACCAGUCAGCCAAGGGGAACUACGGGCUUUUGGACCAGAUCCAGGCCCUGCGGUGGCUCAAUGAGAACAUCGGGCACUUUGGGGGGGACCCCGAACGCAUCACCAUCUUCGGGUCCGGCGCCGGAGCCUCCUGCGUCAACCUCCUCAUCCUGUCCCACCACUCGGAAGGUCUCUUUCAAAAGGCCAUCGCUCAGAGCGGCACGGCCAUCUCCAGUUGGUCGGUCAACUACCAGCCCCUGAAAUACACCCGCAUGCUGGCCUCCAAGGUGGGCUGUGACCACCUGGACACCAGCGAGACGGUGGAUUGCCUGCGCCGAAAGCCGUACCGGGAGCUGGUCGACCAGGACAUCCAGCCGGCCCGCUACCACAUCGCCUUCGGGCCAGUGGUGGAUGGGGACGUGGUGCCGGACGACCCGGAGAUCCUCAUGCAGCAGGGGGAGUUUCUCAACUACGACAUCCUGAUCGGGGUGAACCAGGGCGAGGGGCUGAAAUUCGUGGAGGACUCGAUGGAGAACGAAGACGGGAUUUCGGCCAGUUACUUCGACUUCACCAUCUCCAACUUCGUGGACAACCUCUAUGGCUACCCGGAGGGGAAAGACAUCCUGCGGGAGACCAUCAAGUUCAUGUACACGGACUGGGCUGACCGGGACAACGGGGAGAUGCGGCGGAAGACCCUGCUGGCGCUCUUCACCGACCACCAGUGGGUGGCGCCGGCCGUGGCCACGGCCAAGCUCCACGCCGAGUACCAGUCGCCCGUCUACUUCUACACCUUCUACCACCACUGCCAGACCGACACGCGUCCCGAGUGGGCCGACGCUGCCCACGGGGACGAAAUCCCCUACGUCUUCGGGGUGCCCAUGAUCGGCGCCACCGACCUCUUCCCCUGCAACUUCUCCAAGAACGACGUCAUGCUGAGCGCCGUGGUCAUGACCUACUGGACCAACUUCGCCAAGACGGGGGACCCCAACCAGCCGGUGCCCCAGGACACCAAGUUCAUCCACACCAAGCCCAACCGCUUCGAGGAGGUGGUGUGGACCAAGUUCAACACGAAGGACAAGCAGUACCUCCACAUCGGCCUCAAACCCCGGGUACGGGACAACUACCGGGCCAACAAGGUAGCUUUCUGGCUGGAGCUGGUGCCCCACCUCCACCACCUCCACGACCCUGUCUACACCUCCACCACCACCCGCGUCCCGCCCUACGGCACCCGCUGGCCCCCCGGCUCCCGGGCGGGGCCCAGCACCACCCGCCGGCCCUUCCCCACCCUGCCACCAGACGAGGACGAGGCGGAUGACCGCCGGCGCUACGCCCCUUUCCCGGGGGACUCGCGGGACUACUCCACCGAGCUGAGCGUCACCGUGGCCGUGGGGGCCUCCUUGCUCUUCCUCAACAUCCUGGCCUUCGCCGCCCUCUACUACAAGCGGGACAAGCGGCACGAGCUGCGGGCGGGCGUCCUCGGCGGCCGGCGCCUCAGCCCCCAACGCAACGCGGCCAACGACCUGGUGCACGGCGGCCAGGAGGAGGAGCUCAUGUCCCUGCAGAUCAAACACUCUGAGCACGAUGCUCACGACCUGGAGGCGCUGAGACCCCACGAGAUCCUGCGCCCGGCCUGCCCGCCGGACUACACUCUCGCGCUGCGCCGGGCGCCGGACGACGUGCCCCUGAUGACGCCCAACACCAUCACCAUGAUCCCCAGUACCAUUACGGGCAUGCCAGCCCUGCACCCUUUCAACACCUUCCCCACAGGGCACAACAACACCCUGCCCCACCCUCACUCCACCACCCGAGUAUAGCUGCCUCCCCCACCCCAGCCACGGGGAAAUCGCGGUGAAGGGGCAGGGCCCUUCCUCUCUGCCCAGCCGCCCACCCCUGACGGCGGGGGCGGGAGGGGUGGGGGGAAAGAAAGGGAGACGUGGCAUCUUUUUGUGUGCCGCGCCACCGGGAUUUUGGGGUGGGUGGGUUCUUUUAUACAAUAAUUCGGGGAGGGGGUUGUGGGCCGAGCUCAAAUGAGGAGGUCUCCCACACACAAUGAGAAUUGACCGGUUCCUUUCGGACCGACGGUGGGGACAGUCUUGGCACCGGAGAGAAACCGACCGUACUUUGCUCAUCUGGGGUGGACGGCGGAGAGUCCCGACGCCCUUCUGAACCUGGUAGGAGCAUUGGGGAGUGUUGGAAAGAGCCGCCCGUCCUUUGCUCCUCUUAGACGGAGGAUAGAGACGCCCGACACAGUAUCGGCACCGGAGAAAAACCGACUGUUAUUAAUUCAUCUUGAAUGGAUGAUGGGGUGCCAAUACUCUUCCUCAUCUGGUAACAGCAUGGGAAGGUGUUGGAGAAGCGCCGUCCAUCCUCGGUUCCCCUUGGAUGGACGGCAGAGACCCCCAAUGUCCUUUCCAACACAGUAUCAGCAACGGAAGGUGUUGGAGAGGAAACCGACCGUCUUUCGCUCAUCUUGGGCAGAUGGUGGAGACGUACCCAACAUCCUUCCCAACGUUGUAUCAGCGCUGAAAGGUGUUGGAGAGAAACCGACCGUCCCUCACUCCUCAUGGACGGGUGGUGGUAACGCCCUUCCCAAGGUAGGACCGGAACUGUACAGUGUUGGAGAGAAACCGACCCUUUUUCGCUCAUCUUGGCUGGAGGAUGGAGACGCUCAACGGUUUUCCCAACGUAGUAUCUGCACCGGGAGCCAUUGGAGAGAGGCCGAGAGCCCAUGGUUCACCUUGGCUGGAUGAUGGAGAUCCUCAAAGCUCUACCCAGAGUGACGGAGCACAACCGUUCUUCAGUCCUUUUGGUGUAAGGCGGAGAAACCAGCGUCUUUCCCGGUACGGAAUCGGUAGUCUAGGACCUUUGAGAGAAGCCAACAGUUCUUCACUCGCGACCGAGAAGCCAACGCCCCCCGCAACCACCACUCCUGGAGGGGAAACCACGUGCCCCACAGAGGCCAGGAAUGGGGGAAAGUUACACCUGGAAAUUGUUUUUUUUUUUCAUGGGGGUGGGGGGUAAUUCUACUCGAUUUUUUUCCAAGCCAAACUUUGAAUGUAAUGGCAACUUGAGAUUCAAUUUUUUCGGGGUUGGGGAGGGUUGGGGAGGGCGGGUGUAAUUUUUUUUAACUAAGAGACUUUUUUUUGCGGGGGGGAGGAGGAAAAUUGUUUAGAAAACAAACAAACCAGGCGCGUUGCAUGUUCUGAUCCCGAUAAAGAAAAACGAUGACAAAAAAAGAGAGGAGGGAAUGAGAAAAAAAAACGAAACGGGGGGAAAGCAGAUGGGAUGGAAUCGAUCCGUUCUCUUAACCCCGUCCCCCCCAUCUCUAUCUCCGCCAGCCACUUUUUCC